GUUGGAGUGGCCGAAGGAUCAUUAUUUCCCCCCGUGUGUGCUGACGUUUCGGGACGGCUGGGAGCCUCCAGUGCUUCCAGUUCACCCAGCAGUGACUCCGUCCAGAGAGCAGGAGCUGACUCAGCUGGCCGAGAGUCUCGCCAGCGCCGAGAUCCAGAGACAAGAGGAGCUGAGGAGCAGACUGGAGCAGUCGGCCGUGCAGAAGUUCCCUCCUGCAGACGGGUACGCCUUCUCCAACACCUCCUACAAACGCAUGCAGUUCCUGGAUCAGGACUCGGCCAUGGCUGCUUUUAAACAGGCCGUCAGCCGCCACGUAGACCGGUAACCCUGAGGUCACAU